GAAGCCCCUCCUCCUGACUGCUGAACACCGCACACGCACACGCACGCACACACACGCACGCACACACAGAAACACGCGCUCUCAGCUGCGGUCCAUCAGUCGUCCCUCGCCACUUCAGACUCCGAAUCUCCGGGCCCCACUGCUCCAGGUCUCUGGAUCCACAUCCAACAGCAGACAUCAGCAGCAUGGAUAAAUAGAUGAAAAGCAAAAGUAAAGAGACCAGAGUCCUUCCUUCGCUUCCUGUCAUUGAGUGUGGAGUAUCCCUGGAGCUCACGGAGACGCUCUGUAAUUAAGACUUCAGGGAAGCAGCCUCUCAUCGUCCCUCCGAGCACAAGAGACAGCUGUGGUCUAUAUGGUCCAGGUGAUCAGGUGGAGUCAGACUCUUCGGGCUCUCACACAGCUCCGGCAUGGCGUCGUCCUUCAUCAGCCGUCACUUCGCUCUCUCCCUGCAGAAGAACCUGUGGCUCAGUGGCCCAGGGUGUCGGUACCUCAGUAAGGCGGCACCAAAGACCCAGGUGGAGUAUGACUACGAUGGGCCCUCCAUGAAAACCUCAGUCCCUGGACCACGAUCACAAGAGCUUACAAAGCAGCUGGGAGACAUCCAGAAUGUUGGUGCGAUCAACUUCUUCUGUAACUAUGAUGAGAGCAGGGGGAACUAUCUGGUGGAUGUGGACGGCAACCGCAUGCUGGAUAUCUACACUCAGAUCUCCUCCAUCCCGAUCGGCUACAACCACCCGGCUCUCAUCAAGCUGAUGUCCGAUCCGAGCAGUCUGAGUACACUUGUGAACCGACCCGCCCUGGGCAUCCUGCCUCCGGAGAACUUUCCAGACAAACUCACGGAGAGUCUCCUCUCGGUGGCUCCCAGUGGAAUGGCUCGGGUUCAGACCAUGGCCUGUGGCUCGUGCUCCAAUGAGAAUGCUUACAAAGCAAUGUUCAUCUGGUACAGGAACAAGGAGCGAGGCCACAACAACCCGUCUGAGGAAGACCUCAGCAGCUGCAUGGUGAACCAGGUCCCAGGUUGUCCAGACCUCAGUAUUUUAUCUUUCAUGGGAGCUUUCCAUGGAAGAACCAUGGGUUGCUUGGCAACGACACACUCUAAAGCGAUCCACAAGCUGGAUGUGCCAUCGUUUGAUUGGCCGAUCGCUCCGUUUCCCAAACUGCAGUACCCGCUGGAGGAAUUUAGCAGGGAGAACGCUCAGGAGGAGGCUCGCUGUCUGGAGGAGGUGGAGGACCUGAUUGUGAAAUGGAGGCAGAAGGGGAAGCCUGUGGCUGGCAUUGUAAUUGAACCGAUCCAGGCUGAAGGUGGAGAUAACCACGCCUCCCCAGACUUCUUCAGAAACCUCCGCAACAUUGCACGCAAGCAUGGCUGUGCCUUCCAUGUGGAUGAAGUCCAGACUGGUGGAGGAAACACAGGAAAGUUUUGGGCUCAUGAGCACUGGGGCAUGGAUGACCCUGCUGACAUUGUGUCCUUCAGCAAGAAGCUUCUCACCGGUGGCUACUACCACAGAGAUGAAUUACAGGCUGAUAAGCCGUACCGCAUCUUCAACACGUGGAUGGGUGACCCAUCAAAGAACCUGCUCCUGGCUGAGGUUCUAAAUGUGAUCCGCAGAGAGAACCUUCUGGAGGAGGUGACCCGCUCUGGGAAAGCCCUGCUAAACGGCCUUUAUGACCUACAGGCUCAGUUCCCCGGCCUAUUGAGCCGAGCUCGAGGACAGGGGACCUUCUGUGCCAUUGAUAUCUGUGACGAUGCAACACGCAGCAGUAUCCUGCUCAAGGCCAGAGACAAAGGUGUCCUCCUGGGAGGGUGUGGGGAUCGGUCAAUCCGUUUCCGUCCAUCGCUGGUAUUCAAGGAAUACCAUGUGCACAUCUUCCUCAACAUCUUCAGCGAGGUGUUGGCCCAGCACAAAUAAAUGGUGACCAUGAAGGAACCGGACUGACACUGCAUGAGUCUAAGUUGAUCCAGAAUGGAAGGAGGGAACUCCAGACAGUCGGUGUCAUGAUAAGCACAAUCCCCACAAUUACUCACAAUUCAGAUCCAAUUAGCCAAUCCUCAUCUCCUUAGCCAGAAAUGAUGUCCUCUUGCUUGUGGUGCCAUAAAGCUGAACUCAGAAUUUCCCAGAAUGCUCUGUAAAAUAGAGCUAUGGAAAUAACUCCCAGGUCCAGAAUCAUUCUCAUCUCUUACUUGCAGACUGACUUGACUUUGGAUGACAUCAAUGUCAGACUGUACAUCUCUACCGUUUCCCACUCUGUUCUAGCCUUAGAUAAAUGUAAAUAAGACAUGGGGGAUCAACCUCACUGAUUGGCUCAGAACAGAUUAUUAUGUUAUGUAGGACUUAGUGCUCCUAUGCUGGCUUCAUCCAUUCAGUCACUGCGGGGAUUCCAGUAAGCAUGUAUGUGUGUGUGUGGAGAAGAAGACAGCCUGGAUGCAGAAUUCUGUGUCAGCGAUGGCUCCGUGUAGGAACACAGCUAUGACCUGCAUGUCAUUUAAUGCCGUCCAUUAGAAACGUCCUUGUAAUGAAUCUGUGUUGCUUUUAAUAGGAAUGAAUUUUGAAAUGUUAUAGCCCAGAAAAAACGUGAAUCUUAAAUGGACCAUGACAAUGUCAUUGAUUGUUUAGUGCCUGCAUGUCACUUACAUGUGCUCAUUUUUGUAUUCUCCUAUUUUUUAAUGCUCUAUUUGGAGCAGCCAUCGGCAACCUUAGUUGAACUCAAAGGUUUCAUAUGUUGGCAGAAUGAAUUUUCAGUUUGCAUCCAGCUUUGAAAUGCUUCUCUAAUUGAGCCUGACUAGAGGUUCAGCCUGUGAGCCACUCUGUGCAGAGACAGGCCCAAACAGGGAUGGCCUGUAAACAAACUGUAGCCAAGUUGCAGAAUUUGAACUCUGAGCACAUGUUGAUUGAGCAGCAAUUAGAUCAUAAGUAAUACAGAAAUGUAGCUCAUAAAGGCGUAAACAACAUUACGGCAUUCUUUUUACUAAUUCACUUACUGAAGACCUUGAUCGGUGUUUGAUGGAGCUUUUGGGCAAGUUUUGUAGCAGUUAAUAAAACAUGUAAUCAUUCAUUUUUUUCUGAUUGUUACGCUUCACAAAUAUAUAUAUGAAUAUUAUGUACAUUUUUUACAUUUAUUUUGCAUAAAUGAUGUCAAGUUAGCCAAAUGUAAUUUGUUCCGCAGGGUUCAGAGUCUUGUAUAGAGUCUAGUAUUGAAAGGAGAUCUGAUGAAGUAAGAACUGCAGGGUGUCCAUGUGAGCAAUAUGAUGGUUAUGACAACAGUGUCAGUAUCCCAUGUAUCCAUCAUGACCUUCUUUAAUCAUUUUUGACAUUCAUUAUUAUCACUUGUGAUCCGAGAUCGAUGGUUAUUGAUGUAAUUUUUUAGAUGGCUCUAACUGUUGUCCAUUUGUGAGGAAUAAACAAUGUUUUGAGUA